GAGGGGGAUGUCUGGCCAAAUUCUUCAGCUGAAAUUAAUGUGAUCUUUCAACCCCAAGAAGCCAGAGUCUAUCAACAAACGGUCUACUGCGACAUCUCAGGCCGUGAGACCAGGCUGCCCCUGCGCCUCAAAGGGGAAGGCACAGGGCCCCGGCUCUGCUUCAGCUUCCAGCAGCUGGACGUGGGGAAGGUGUUCCUUGGAUCAGCCCACAGCUAUGAGGUGAUCCUGUUCAACAGAGGAGCCAUCGAUGGUUUCUUCAGCUUAGUCCCUCCAGCUACAGCUCUGGGCUCCUGCUUCACCUUUCUCCCCCAAGAGGGCAUCAUUUUGCCAGAUGGGCUUCAAGUUAUCCAGAUCUCCUUCAGUUCCACCAUUCUGGGGCAGUUCACAGAAGAAUUCCAGUUCAGUGUGAAAGGAUCCCCUGAGCCUGUGACCUUAACCAUCAGGGGCUGUGUCAUCGGACCAACUUUUCAUUUCAACGUGCCUUCCCUCCACUUUGGUGAUGUCUCCUUUGGCUUUCCUCACACCUUGUCCUGUCGCCUCACUAACACCUCCUUGGUGCCCAUGACCUUCAACCUUCGCAUUCCUGGGGACGGCUCAGGAGAGCCCAGCGUGACCAGUUUUGUGCAGGUGGUGGACAACACUCACCCAUCCUGGAGGAAGGGAGCCCGGGGUCGUGUCAGGCCGACCGAAUUUACCAUCAGACCCCGCAGAGGGACCAUCCGCUCCCAGGGAUUCGUGGACAUCCAGGUCACCCUGUGCUCCAACACAGUGAGGAGAUACGAGCUGGCACUGGUGGUGGACGUGGAUGGUGUUGGCAAGGAGGUGUUGGCACUGCUCCUCACAGCCAGAUGUGUGGUUCCUCCUCUGCGAGCUCUCAACCCCGUCGUGACGUUUGGGCGGUGCUUUCUCCAGUUCCCUUCCCAGCGGAUGCUGACCCUGGUCAACGAGAGCGACCUUCCGGGCUGCUACGGGGUUCUGCCUCAGGUUGGGCAUCACCUCUGCCUCCUCCCUGUUCCCUGUGGGAUUCUCCAUCCUCACAGCUCAGUGGAGGUCCCGUUCACACUCGAAGCCCGGGUGUUGGGAGAGCAGGACACUGUUGCUUACGUGGCCGUGUUUGGGAGUGAAGGAACCCCACUGAAAAUCCAUUUAGUGAGCACUGGAGAAGGACCAGUUGUCUACGUGCAACCGAGUAAGAUAAAUUUCGGCAGCAUCCAAGUUCUACAAGAUGUUUCCCGAGCUCUCCACCUCUCCAAUCAGGCCGUCAUCCCUGCAUCCUUCUGGACAGAGAUGACUGGCAAAUGCUCAUGCUGGAGGAUUGAACCCAGUAAAGGAGUGAUCCCCCCCGAGACUGAGGUGGCUCUGGCUGUCAUAGCCAACUUGGAUGACACGGAGAGGCUGAAGGAUGAGGUGAAGCUGUUCAUAGAGAACAGCUGUAGCUACAUCAUCCCCGUCCAGGCUGUCGGUGUUGGCACCACGAUCGUCACCGACAGACCCUUGGCUCCGGAGCUCAACUUGGGACCCCACUUCAGCCUGGAUCCCUGCUGUUACUGCUUCAAGGUGACCAACAGAGGACGACGCACCCAUCAGCUCUUCUGGACAAGGGAAGGGGUCACCCCCUUUGGGCAGCGUGGUCGUCUCCCUGCCAUCAGCAACACCAAGGGGAAAGGCUCCUCCCAGAGCCCCGGCCCUGCCUGCCCCGUCUUCACACUUCGACCGUCCAGGAUGGAGCUGAUGCCAGGCAAGACAAUGGAGAUGGUGCUGGAAGUCUCCUCCAGCAUUCCCCAGGUGGUGAAGGAGCGGCUGCGGUGUCAUGCUGUGGUGGGGAGCAAGGUGGAGAAGGUGCAGAUAAUGCAGGUGGACGUCACCUGUGAGUUCAUUGCUCCCGUUCUCCAGAUGUCCUCCAGAGAAAUCACUUUCCGGGUGGAGAAGCAGCCUAGUGAUGUCCUAACUCUUCAGUACAAGCCUCUUUCUUUGAAAAACAUCUCCUCCCUGCCAUUAAGCAUUGUGCUGGCCUUAGGACAACCCUUUGUGAUCUGCAACAGGGAGCAGCAGCCCCUCCCUGCAGAUGUUCAGCCCAUGAAGCUGGAGACAGGAGAAGAACUUCAUCUCUCCAUCAGCUUUAAUCCUGCUUAUGAAGAGGAUUUGACUAUUCGGGUAGUAGAGAAGGCUCUGAAGAUCCAGUUUCUUGAGCACCCUCACGAGGAGCACAUGAGCAUUCGGGGAGAGGUCUACUUCCCAAACGUCCAUCUCCAGACCAUGGCCCUGGACUUUGGCUGCAUCUUGAAUGACACUGAGGACGUGCGUUACAUCGAGAUGACCAACUGCAGCCCUCUUCUCGUCCAGUACCACUGGUCGUUCCUCACGGGCAGCCACGUCAGCCACAUGAGGUACGUGCACCUUUGCCCUCUCCGUGAAGCUCUUAUGGUGCCACUAUCCAGUGCUAUGGAGCUGGAAGGGGCUGUGGAGCUGGAAGGUGCUGCAGAGACUCAAAGCCCAUUAGAGAUCAAGGAGUUGAUGCAGUUUGUGGAGACAGAGCCCCUUGCCUUGGGAGUGGAGGAGGUUUUUGACGUCCUGCCUCUCCACGGCGUGCUGCAGCCGGGUGAGAGCCAGCAGGUCACCUUCACCUUCUUCGGCCACGCCAACGUCGUCGCCCGGGUCGCGGCGCUGUGCAGGGUUGAAGGAGGUCCCACCUACCAGCUGGAGCUCAGGGGGGAGGCUUCGCUCAUCAGCUACUUCGUGGACAACAUGGAGAUUGACUGCGGGCUGCAGCUCUUUAAUGAAGUCACCGAAGCAGAGGUCACCCUGCAGAACAGAGGCAAGGUGGCAUUCACCUACGUGGUCCCCAGCCCCAGUGUGGCCACCAUGGAGAGCCCUCAGCCUGGCGUGCCCCUGGUCGUGCCCAGCAAGGGUUACCUUGGACCUGGCAUGGAGCAAGUCCUGAAAGUCUAUUACCUGCCAGGAGUGCCUGGAGUCUUCUGCAGGACUUUCCAGAUCCAAGUGGGUCACCUGGAACCAGCAGAAAUCUCCCUGAAAGGAGAGGGGAGCUUUCCUAGGAUCUGCUUGGACCUACCAAGAAGCAUCAAAGGAAAUGAAAAAUAUGAGAAGGUCCUCAAAGAGGUGAAAGAAAAGAUGGAAAAAGACAGGGAGGGAGGUGAAGCUGUUGUUGUGGAGGAGCCUGAGGCUGCAGAGCCACGCGUGGAAGAUUCAGACAGCAUGUUGGACACUCAGCUGCAGAUGAGGCUGGAGGAGAUGCUGAUGGAAGAACACGCCCUGGAGCAGCAGAAAGCUCUCGCCUUCAGUCCCCGAGAGGACACUAGCUUUGACCAGCGUGCUCGUCGGAGGCUUCUCAAAGCUCAGCUGCCAGAGUACAUCCUGGACCUUGGCUACGUCAUUCUUGGUAGCAUCCAGACACACAUUGUGAAGAUCACCAACACCGGGCAGUUCCCCGUGUCCUUCCACGCCGAUGGACGGGUCCUACGUGACACAGGUUUCAGCGUGGAGCUGGACCGUGUGAAGCACCUGCCCUACUGUGAGACCGAGACCUUUGAAGUCCGCUUUGACCCCCAAGGUGCCCACCUGCCGCUGGGAGGGGUGGACGUGCUCCUGCCCAUCAAGGUAGCAGGAGGCCCCACGUUUCACAUCCGCCUCCGUGCCAACGUGACUGUGCCAUCCCUCUGCCUCUCCAGGGACAGACUGGAGUUCUCCACUGUCCGGUGUGGGCAGUGCCAGGAAGAAACCGUCCAGCUCCACAAUCAUCUCCAGGUCCCCUGUAAAUGGUUCAUCACCAGGAAUGAACCUGUCAAGAAGGUGGACAAGCACUUGCCAGCCAACGUGCGUCAGAAGCUGCUUCAGGAGUUGAAGACCAAGCUCUGUGUCUUUGAGGCAGUGCCCUCAGCUGGAGCCCUGGCCCCAGGAGAACGAUGCAAUGUGCGAGUCAGGUUUUCACCCAUGGAAGAGAAGUCCUACAGAAGCGAGCUGAAGGUUAACAUCUGCCAGAGCAGCCAGCACCUUCAGCUGCAGGUCCUGGGACAUGGGCUGGAGCCACAGCUGGAGUUCAGCCCCCCAGUGCUGGAGCUGGGACCAGUGCUGCCAUGCAGCUGGGGCGUGGAGGGCACGGUGGUGGUGAAGAACCCCUGCACGUUUCCCAUUGAGUUUUACUCGCUGGAGUUCGAUGAGCAGUACCUCGCUGAGGAGCAGAUCCUCCGGAUGCUGAAGGACUAUGAUUGCCACAACACCUUGUUGCUGCCUCCACGCUCCCCGGGUGAGAAGCUGCCUCCAGAGGUGCUGGAGUUCUAUCAGGACCAGAAGAGGCUGCAGGACGAGCAGGCGAAGUCCACGGCUGGGGAACCAGCAGCAAACAUCGAAGAUGCCCAGUCUCUGUCAGACCAAGGAGGAAAGCACUCUGCUGGGGUGGUGCACACCAUCUCAUCCCAUAGCUCAGUUGUUCCCACCUCCAUUGUUGAUGAAAGCCAGUCCAGCAAGGUGGACUCGAAAUCUGAACAUGGAGAAGAGGAGGAAAGUGUUGAGAGAAGACAUGGGCGAGCAGAGCAUCGGCAGAGCAGCACCAGCAGCAAGGAGGCCCCGGGAGAGGUGGGAGACAGCCCUGUCUGUCGGGCCAUUGCCCGUCACCUCGGCAUCGACACCUCUGCAGAAGGACACGCUGCCCAGCACCGCCGAGGGGUGGUUGUCAUCAUCCAUGGGGCACCCCUGGCAGGCAAGACGUCGGCAGCGGUCGCCCUGUCCAAAUACUACGGGGCUGCCUGCUUGGCCAUGGACACCAUGGUGGCCGAAGCCAUCGGGGACAGGAGCAGCCCUGCGGGGCUCCGUGCCCGGGAGCUGUGCAGGAGAGCUGCCAUCGAGCAGACCCGCCAGGAGACCGAGGAGCCAGGUCCAAGUUCAGGUGCCUCUCUCAGCCAGCAGCUCGGCGCCGAGGCCAAGCGCAGCUUGGACCUGAGCCAGUCCAGCUCUGGGGAGAAGGUCAGCCUCCAGUCUGGUGGCUCCCGUGGCCGGGUGAACACCAUGGCCAGCAAGAAGAAGGUGGAUGGCCAUGCAUCCCUGUCCCAGAAACAGCAGCUGAUGGAUCCCACUGGCUCCCAGGGCUCAUCCAGUUCCCACCUCAUCUCCCCCGGCGUGCCCGCGCGGCACUGGCUGAGCAGCAGCAGCACGGCGGCCGAGCUGGGCUUCAGGAGCUGCCUGCUGCCCGAGGACCUCCUGGUGGCCAUCCUCUUGGAAAGGCUGCAGCUGAGUGACUGCUACAAGGGAGUGGUGUUUGAUGGCCUGGAGACCCUCUUUGCACGCAACGCAGCCUCUGCUCUCCUCUGCCUGCUCAAAGCUGUCAGGAAUCGGCCUCACAUCUAUUUUGUGAACCUGAUCCAGGAUUAUGCUUCUUUGAAGGCCAAGGAGGCAGCUGCUAAAGAACAGGAAGAAUGGGAGCAGGAAGAAGCUGCCAGGAAGGAGAUCACACGUCUCCGGGAGAUGGAUGAGGAUGAGUUUGAUGCCCUCCCUGAGGAGCAGAAAACUCAGCUUAAUGACGCUAUCCGACAAGUCCAGCGUGAGAGGAAGAGGAGGGAGAUGGAACAGCUGGCUCGAGAGCUUGAGGAAAAACACCAGCGGGAGCUAGAACGCUUGAAGGAGGAAGAGAUGAAGAAGAAGUCUAGGAGGGGGAAGAGAGAGCUUGGAAAAGACAAAGAUAAUGUUUUGGGGAAGAAAAGCCAGCUUCUAGUCCGGCAGGUGAGUGGUUGUAACACCAGCAUGUCCCUCCUGUCAGAUGUCACCAAGGGGGUGGACAAGAAGGGACCUGUAAAGGAGCACCCGGACCCUGUUUUGGGUGACAAAGAAGAGAAGAAAAAGCAGAACAAGGUUCCCCUGAUGGACACCUGCCCAGCAGAGGUCAUGCAACCCCCAGAUCCAGAACAGGAGGAAACCAAAGAUGAGGCCCAGAGUGAGAGCGAGAAGAACUUGGCCCUGAGGUUUAAGAUCUACGAGGCAUCGCAGAAGGAUGUCAUGCAUGUUUUGUCACACUGGGACAGGGCCCGUGGUGUCCUGCUGUCCCCUCUGAGUCAGGAGCCAGCAGAAGACCAGCGCCACCACAGGAGCCGGAAGGGCAAAGAGAAGGAACGUCAGGAGCGGCUGGAGAAGGAGCGGCUGGAAAAGCUGAAGGCUCUUGAGUUAUCUCAGCUGGAAGGGAAAGGUGCAGAAGAGUCAGCCAGAGGCCAGGAUGUCAAGGUGCCCUGCUUGGACAUCCAGGUGCUGAGAUCAGAAGAUGUGGCUAGGGCCAUCCUGGAGAGCGGCAAGCUGCCGGUGGCAGAGCAGAUCCUGGAUGAGCUGGGACUGGGUCCCUCAGGGCCUCCAAUUCCCCCCACUGCUUUUUACUCUGUGAUCCGCUACCCAGAGGAGCGGGUGGCCCCUGCAGCAGGAGAAGCUCUCAAGCACUUCAUCUUUGUUGCACCAGAAGGUGCCACUGCAGAGGAGGAGAAGAAGGACACCCGAAGUGUCGCUGAGACCUCUGCUGUGCCUGCGGUGAAGACAUGGCAAGAGGAGGGGCAGGUCACCCCAACCAAGGGCCGGGCAAGGAAGGAGAAAGCCACAGGCAGCCGGGAGGGGGUGAGGGAGAAGCAGAGCCCCGGCCGGGGCAGGAAAGGUCUCCAGGGACCUGGGAUGGGAGCAUCCACAUGUCUCCCUGAGGUGGACCAAAGCAGCAGGGACACCAUCCUGUCACCGAGGAGACCCGUCAGGCUGAGCAGCUGCCGGUGGAUAGUGCCUGCCCACGGCGAGGUGGAACUGAAGGUCCACUUCAGCUCCACGGUGCUGGGCCAGUUUGAUCAGACGUUGCAUUUUGAGCUCCUGGGGACAAACCGAGGGUACCAGCUGCACUGCAGGGGCACUUGCCUGUAUCCCACCAUUAGCCAGGACCCACGGGUGGUGUUCCCUCACUGGAGGAAGAGCAAGGCAGAUGAUGACAUCAUCUUCAAGCAGUAUGUCAUGAACACGGGUGUGUUCCACUUUGGACCACUGCUGUGUGGGAAGUCAAGAGACUG